AUUGUUGUUUGUGACGUAGGUGACGUGACUCAAAUGUCGAGACCCUGUUGUCCUGUUUCACAAAUCGAACGCGUAUUUCAGCAGAAGGUCAUUAGAAAUCAUGUCGUACGAAUGUAAAUUGGAUGCAAAGACUGUGAAAAAGGCGGAAAAUGAGUUAUUUGAGACAAAAGAGAAAAGAGAAGAGUGUCUAAAGGAAUUAAGAGAAAAAUUGAAGAAAAACACUCAAUUGGUAUGUCCAAUCGAUGAAGAUAGAUUCUUGCUGAAAUUUCUGAGGGCUAGAAAAUUCAACACGGAGAGGGCAGAAGAACUUAUUAUUAAAUAUUAUACGAUUAGAGGGUCGAAUCCUAAAUUUUGCAGUAAAGUCUAUCCAUCGAUGAUGGAGGAUAUCAUAGUGAAGAACAUGGCAUGCGUUCUACCUGGCAGAACUGAGGACGGCUGCGCUGUAUAUAUCUUCAGACCAGGAAAAUGGGAUCCCGCUGUCCACGACAUUAGCUGCUUAUUCAAAAUGCAUUUGCUCAGCCUCGAAUGGAUUAUAGAAUCUUUCGAGGACAUUCAAGUGCACGGCGUGAAAAUUGUAGGUGAUUUAUCUGAUAUGGGAUGGAAUCACGUUAAGAACUUUUCUCGAGAAUACGCAGGAUUAGUUACAAGUUUAUUUCAAGAUGGGUUUCCCGCCCGUGUAAAGGGUAUGAAUAUUGUAAACGAACCGUCAUUCUUUGGCUAUCUGUUUGCAAUUGUCAAACCAUUUAUGAAGUCAAAAUUUUUAUCAAGAAUGCAUUUUCACGCCUACGAUCUCCACUCCCUUCACAAUUCGAUUCCUAAAAGCAUACUCCCAGAGCAUCUCGGCGGCGAUGCAGGCGAUUGGGACGAUCUAUGCGCCGAUUUUUGUACCAAACUAAAGUCGUCGGAGAGUUACUUUCAAGAUUUGAGUAAAUACAAACUACACGGUAUAACCGCCGUAGGUGACUCUUCCUCAAGUGGAAAGGAAGUUGGAGAUGGCACAGCAUCAGUUACAGGAACUUUUAAGAAAUUGAACGUAGAAUAA